AUGCUGCUUCGGAUUAUAUUAAUGACGACAUUGUGCUUUUGCUUUGCCAAGGCUGUGCUUAGCGGAAAGGAGCUCAAGCGACGUGAGGUGGGCUUUGAUAACUACGGCCCACCGCCUAGGCAAGCACCACAGUACGGACCUAAACAAAAUCACUUACGACUUCCUGAGUACGGCGUGCCACAGCAGAUUCCCUUCCGAGAGUACGGUCCGCCGGCAUUGAAAUAUGACUCUCCUAAGCUACCAUUUUUAGGUGGUGUUAGUGGACCAUCGUCCACGAAUGGCUUAUAUGAGCAAAUCAAAAACCAUUUUGGCAUUCCCAAGCCCUUUUAUGGACCACCGCACAUACAUCAUAAUCCAGCACUAGAGUAUGGCUUACCGCCACCUGCUCAUUAUAGUCCACCAGCGCAGCCCCAAUCACAGUAUGGUCCACCAUCACUAGCAGUUUCACAGUAUGCUCCGCCGUCGCCGAAAAAGCAGCAUCACUUAGCACCACAGUACCGGCCGCCGUCACAAAUACCACAAUUUUCUACACCUCCUGCCUCACCACGGCCUUUACCCUAUUCCACUCAGUUGUAUAAACCAUUUCAUCAGCCAGCAACGUCUUACGGCCCACCCGCCUCCGGACCAUUGAAUCUGCCAUCCAAGUCAGUUUACGAAACACCACCAAACUACGGCCCACCACCGCUGCCUGUCAAUCUACCUGCACAUCAAUCCGCGUCUUUCAAUCGUGUGCCAGAGAAUUUUGACCUACAGCGGUUACCAAGCGGACCAGGUGGUAUUCCCUUUAAGCAGGCGCAGAUCCAGAUUGAUACUUCUGGACAUACUCACAGCGUGACUGGAUCGCUGGCCCCUUUUCACACUGCGUGUGAUGGCUGGAAGCCAAUUUCAGCGCCCAUAGGUACCUUUAUUGAAGAGAACCACAUUGAUACCCUAGGCGGUUACAGUCAUGUGGGCCAGAGCCAGAGCACUGGCAAUGUGGGUGGAGCCACUGACGACCACAUUGUUGACGGGCUUUCUGACGAACAACUGGUGGCAGUCGCUCUGCAGGACGAGACCAUUAACGGAAAAACAGAAGCAAGCAGCAAUGGUCUUCUAAACAUCAUUCACUCUGAAGCUUUGCAAAACUCCGAGGGCUCAAUUGAUGAUUCUUACUCUAAGCCACCAACAGAUUCAUUUGCGCCUGGUACUAUGCAUGACUACAAAUAUCACACUAGUGGUAGCACUCUUGGCGUCAAUUUACCACUAGCACAAGGACCAGCGCCGCAUAUUUCUGCUCUUACAAGCAGCUAUGGUCAGUCCCAAACCCACUCGCAACUUCAUUCCAACGUAAACAUUCAGUACAGCUCACAAUUUGGCAAUCCACAACAUGGAGUUGGGUCUCCUAAAUCACCAGUAUUCUUCCGUCCACCCGUCCCUGCCGGUCUUAUCGAAUCUAUAGGCGCCACAGUGCAGCAUCUGGAUCAGUUUGGCGAAAAACCACCGCAGCAGACCCCCACAUAUAUUCCACCUGCCGCUAAUGAAAUUGCAUUAAGUGGUUUAUCAUCUUCGUCGCAGGCCAUUAACAGAGCACCCCUGAAGCAGCAGCCGCCACCGCAAAUUAUUGUACAGCAGCAACUGCCGCAGCCGCAAUACGGACCCGCCUUUGCACAUCAGAAGCUUGCUCACUUGCAGGAGUAUGGUUCUCCAGUUCUAUUAAAGGUACCACAGUCUAACUACAUGCAUCCACCACUGGCAGCGCAGCAUUAUUUGUCAAAUCAACAGGCUGCAAAUAUCCAUCGGAAGAACGAGCACGUAAAAAACAGCUAUAGCAUCUCGACGUAUACACCACCAUUUGUCCAAUCGCAUGCACUUCCUUUAACGCAGCAGGUUCAACAGUUUAACCAACAAACAGUUCUAUCGACAGGGGUGGGUCCUCAACAGCACCAACAGCCCCAGGUAGCGCUACACAAUUGUGGCCAAGGGCCAAACCUAGUCAGUAGUACCGGCUACCAAGUGCAUCAACAGCAACAAUUUAGCAGCGUCUCGGCGGCAUCCCCUGAUGCCUAUAAUGCUAUUGCACAGAGCGUCCCUGUAGCUGAGCAGCAUACACAGUUUUUAGCUGGCCCCGCUGACAGUUACGGCCCACCACCUUCGGGGAACGAAAUAGAUUUGGAUCCCUCCGGCUAUGCCUCACAAAAGUCAGCAGUUCAGGCACUACCAGAUGGAACAGAUCCACAGCAGCUACCGGGUCUAAACGGCUUGAAUGUGAUCUCCGCAAAAAAGUCGCAAAGCAUUCAAUUAGGUACAAGCACCGUGCAACCAACUCAGAACUUUCAAGUACAGUUUGACAGCCAAUUAAUCAAGGACAACCAUGUCAACGAUGCUGCCCUUAGUGAGCCAAAUGCGAAUCAUGAGGAAAUCUUGUCGCAAGGUCUUCUGCAGUCCAUAUUAACUGCCAUUGAGCAACCGCAAUUGUCGUCGCCACUUCCACAGAAUCAUAGAGCGCAGAGUCGCUCUGAUGACCAGUAUCAAGACGACAAAAAGGAGUAUGGGGAAGAUGAGCAGCAUGAAAAACAACAAAGUAAUGUAAGUGUUGAAGUACGCGUGUCACCCGGAACAAAUGACAAAGCAAUGGAACUGCAAUCAAAAGGAAUGGAAGUUGUUCCUAUUUUUGCUGCCGAUUUGGAUGAAGAGACCAAGCAUUAA